AUGGCCGGGUGGCAAAGCGGGGACUGGAGCAGCGACAACAGGGGUUGGCACUCUACCUCUGCAUGGAGCUCACACGACCGGCGGGGUUCUUGGACAGAGCCCCAAGGGAGGCCAAAGCAGAAGGCAAAGGCUUCACCCAAGCCAAAUGCCGGGGGACCCCAAGGGCGAGCCAAGCCGAAAGCCAAGGCUUCGCCUAAGGCAAGUGCCCGACAUGAGGAGGAGGAGGAGGAGGAGGAGGCUGGUCGGAGCCGGAGGGAACGAGAGGAGAAGAGGCUGCCCAUGCGUGAGGAGAUGGAGGAGCUUCGCCGAACUGUCCACACGCAAGCGGGGCUCCUGGCCGGAGUGCCUGAGCUGCGGGCAGAGUACCUGCAGGUGCUGGAGCAGCGCACAGAAGCCAGAACAGCGCUCAAGUAUCAAGAGCAGAUGGGCUGGGGUGCAGCCAACAUGCUGAAGGCCAACACUGCGGAGAUGAAGGAAGUGGAAGCUUCGAUGAAGGAAGUGGAAGCUUCGAUGUCCGAAGAAGUGGAUGCUGCCUCUGCAUCUCAGGCCGCCCAACAAAGGCUGCAGGAGGAGCUAGCCGCGGAGGGGCUACAGGUCACGGAGCAGAUCAAGCGCGGCAAAGGCUGGUGGAUGCGAUCCAAGACUCUUGCAGAGGAGCUGGAGGCGAAGGAAACAGAGUUGAGGCGGAGCAGGGAGACGUACCACGAGCUGAAGGUGCUGAAUUCCAUGGAGGCCCGACGCGAGAUCGAGGCAAUCCGGAAGGCCAUGACGUUCAACGAGGAGAUGGCGUUGACAAAGGAAGAGCUGGAGAAGACACAGAUGGUGGCCUCCUUGCAGGAGAAGGAGGUGGUAGAGAGGAGGGUCGAGGCAAGGCUGCGGCUGUAA